GGUUGUCACCCUCACGUAAAAUAAUGUACAAUAUUGUCUCCUAUUGGCGCGAAUGCUUAAAGAUUUCGUUACAGAUCACCCCGCUGCACACUAUGAAGCGGGCCAAGGCGGCAAAAGCAGGACCCUCCAAGAAGGUCGCUAAGAAGCAGGAUAAAAGCCCCAAGAAAGAAUCCAGUGACCAGGAUUCGAGCGGCGGCAGUGGUGUUGAAGAACCCUCAAUCUCGAAGGUUCCCCUGUCCAAACCUGACUACCAUAAUCUCGAGCAGUUCCUCGCCCACCUAGAACACCAGCGAUCCGCCACAGCAGCCAAUAUCCACGAGUUCCCAUUCCGUAAGAAGCGGGUGCGCGUCCUGUCCAAAAGCGGCGAUGUGAAGGAAUCCUGCCAGGGCGGCGUCGUCUACUGGAUGUCGCGCGAUGCCCGAGUGCAGGACAACUGGGCCCUGCUCUUCGCCCAGCGCUUGGCCCUGAAGCUUGAGCUGCCGCUGACCGUGGUGUUUUGCCUGGUGCCCAAGUUCCUCAACGCCACCAUACGCCACUACAAGUUCCUGAUGGGAGGCCUGGAGGAGGUGGAGCAGCAGUGCCGCUCUCUGGACAUACCCUUUCAUCUGCUCCUAGGCCCUGCCGUAGAACGGUUGCCCGAGUUUAUGAAAUCCCAGGACAUGGGAGCUGUGGUCUGCGACUUUGCCCCGCUGCGUCUGCCCCGCCAGUGGGUCGAGGAUGUGGGCAAGGCGCUGCCUCAGAGUGUGCCCCUGGUGCAGGCAGAUGCCCACAACGUGGUGCCUCUAUGGGUGGCCUCGGACAAGCAGGAGUAUGCCGCCCGCACCAUUCGCAAUAAGAUUAACUCAAAGUUGGAUGAGUUUCUCACUGAAUUUCCGCCGGUGAUCAAGCAUCCCCAUGGAAAGGGCUGCCAAGAGGUGAAACCCGUGGACUGGCCAGCCGCCUAUGCCUCGUUGCAGUGCGACACGGACGUUGGCGAGGUGGAGUGGGCCAAGCCGGGCUACAAGGCUGCCUGUCAGCAACUCUACGAGUUCUGCAGCCGUCGCCUGCGGCACUUUAAUGACAAACGGAAUGAUCCCAUGGCGGACGCUCUGUCCGGCCUCUCGCCGUGGCUUCACUUUGGCCAGAUCUCCGCCCAGCGCUGUGCUUUGGAGGUGCAGCGAUUCCGGGGACAGCACAAGGCCUCGGCCGAUGCCUUUUGCGAGGAAGCCAUUGUUCGCCGCGAGUUGGCGGACAACUUUUGCUACUACAACGAGCACUACGACAGCCUGAAGGGUCUUACUGCUUGGGCCUACCAGACCCUAGAUGCCCAUCGCAAGGACAAGAGGGAUCCCUGCUACAGCCUCGAGGAGCUAGAGAAGUCCCUCACCUACGACGACCUGUGGAACGCGGCGCAACUGCAGCUGGUUCGCGAGGGCAAAAUGCAUGGUUUCUUGCGCAUGUACUGGGCCAAGAAGAUCCUCGAGUGGAGCCCCACGCCGGAGCAGGCGCUCGAGUACGCCAUCCUGCUGAACGACAAGUACAGCCUGGACGGGCGCGAUCCCAACGGCUAUGUGGGUUGCAUGUGGUCCAUCGGCGGCGUCCACGAUAUGGGCUGGAAGGAGCGGGCCAUCUUCGGUAAGAUUCGGUACAUGAAUUACCAAGGCUGUCGGCGCAAGUUUGACGUGAACGCCUUCGUCAUGCGAUACGGGGCCAAGGUGCACAAGAGGAAGUAGAAGGAAUAAACUGUUGGUUUUCUUUGCCUUUGUUUUGAAUGCAA